UUACGCCGUCGUCCACGUACCAGCACGCACGCUGUGACGUCAACACGUCGGAGCAUGCCUACUACGCUUGAACAUAAACAAAGGCAGGACGUCGCUCUGCUGUAAACUCUGCUCCUUUUUUUUGUUUCCUUUUUUUUCUUUUUUUGUUCUAAUGAUAACACAAACAGAGUGUUUCUGGGGACAUGGAAUCCGCGCUGCUGAUGCGAGUGAGCGUCUUCACCGACCAGGGAGGCAGGAAGUAUAUGGAGGAUGUGACCGAGGUCAUAGUAGAGCCCGAGCCGGAGGAAGAGGAGCCGACGCCGGGCGAGCCGGAGGAGAGCGGAGGGCGAGACGGGACGUCCAGUCCUCCGGCUGGGGACACUCAUCCCGACGGGACCGGGGAGCCGGGACACUCCGAGGCGGGCUCCCGCGCGGCCCUGGAGGCUGACCGGACGGAGGAGCCGGCUUCACCCGGGGGUCAGAGCCCGCGGCGGGGUCACAGCCCGCAGCCGGCCAAGCCGGCUUCCUCUCGCCGCUCCGUGGCGUUUUUCGCCGUGUUCGACGGCCACGGGGGUCGCGAGGCUGCGCAGUUUGCACGGGACUUUCUGUGGGAGUUCAUCAAGAAGCAGCGGGGCUUCUGGUCCCACUGUGACCGGGAGGUCUGCGCCGCCAUCCGCAAAGGAUUCGUAGCCUGUCACCACGCGAUGUGGAAGAAGCUCCCUGAAUGGCCCAAAACCCUCAUGGGCCUGCCCAGCACGUCGGGCACCACGGCCAGCGUGGUGGUCCUCCGGGGGAACCGCAUGUACCUGGCCCACGUGGGGGACUCCGCGGUGGUCCUGGGGAUCCAGGAUGACGCCUCGGUUCCGUUCAUCAGAGCCGUGGAGGUCACGCAGGACCACAAGCCGGAGCUGCCCAGGGAGAGGGAGCGCAUCGAGGGUCUGGGAGGCAGUGUGAUCAAGAAGUCUGGGGUGAACCGGGUGGUGUGGAAGAGGCCGAGGCUGAGCCACAACGGCCCGGUGCGCCGCAGCACCGUCAUCGACCAGAUCCCCUUCCUGGCUGUGGCCCGAGCGCUGGGCGAUCUGUGGAGCUACGACUUCUACAGCGGGGAGUUCGUGGUGUCCCCGGAGCCCGACACCAGCGUGCUGGUCCUGGACCCCAGGAAGCAUCGCUACAUCAUCCUGGGCAGCGACGGCCUGUGGAACAUGGUCCCCCCGCAGGAGGCCGUCUCCAUGUGCCAGAACAACGACGAGGACGUGGCCCCCUGCGGUGUUUCCAGCGCCCGGCAGCUGGUCAGCCACGCUCUGCUGCGGUGGCGCCAGCGGAUGUUGCGGGCCGACAACACCAGCGCCAUCGUGAUCGCCCUGCAGGAGAGCGGGACCCCCCAGGACGCCCUGCACCAGGAGGAGGUGCUGCUGGACCUGUCCAAGGCGUCCCAGUGUCCCCCCCCCUCGCUGUCCCGUGCAGACACCCCUCUGCUGCAGCGCCCCCCAGAGGACGACUGUCUCACUCCUCCCCCCUCCCUCACUGACGUCCUCCCCGCUCUGGAGCGAAGAGACGGAUUAUCGGGCGGCGGCGGCGGCGGCCUGCCGCAGGGCGACCCGUCCCCACGGUCCAAGGGUCCCGAACCGCCGGGGCAGUCCGGCCCGUCCACCAGGACGGCCCGGGGCAAAAGGACCGGGGGCCGGGGGGGGCCGGACGGCCCGUCGCACCCCGCAAAGAAAGCUCGGCGGAGGACUGCGGACCGGCCGCCGCUGGCUCAGCACAACGCCGAGAAGAAGCAGAAGGAGUCCAGCGGCGUGUCCCCCGUCCUCCAGCAGCACAACAAGAACACCGUGUGUGUGUGCUGAGGCGCCAGGCGCUCCGACGCCGCUCCCCGGACCGCCGCUCCCCGGACCGCCGCUCCCCGGAC